ACCAUGGACAGGGGAGCUCAGCAGAGCAGCCUCCGGGAGCCCCCCAGACCAGAAAAGGACAGGGUUCCCAGCGAGCAGGAUGGGGGCGAGGGACCACCUGAGGUCAAGCACUCCCAACCCCUCUUCAUCCACGGUAGCAGCCAACUGGUGCUGGAGAAGGAACCGCACUCCUUGUCACUGCCCACCAUCCCCAACCCCUUCCCCGAGCUCUGCAGCCCCUCCAACUCGCCCAUCCUCAGCAGCCCAGCCCUAGGCCAGGGGGCCUGCGAAGGCACCUCUCACGUGGUGAAGGUGUUUGGCGAGGACGGCAUGUGCCACCUGCUGGAGGCCUUGGCAGGGACGACGGCGCGGGAGCUCUGCAAGAUGCUGGUGUGGCGCAUGCGGGUGCUGGCGGAUCACAGCUGGGCCCUGGUUGAGCUGCACCAGCACCUGGCCCUGGAGCGGUGUCUGGAGGACCAUGAAUUGGUGGUGGAGGUGCAGAGCUCUUGGCCUCCCAGUGCCGACAGCUGCUUCGUCUUCCGCAAGAACUUUGCCAAGUAUGAGCUCUUCAAGAGCAGCGCACAGUCCCUCUUCCCCGAGAUGAUGGUGUCCAGCUGCCUGGAUGUGAAUAAGAGCAUGGCACACUCCGAGCUCAUCCAGAACUUCCUCAACUCUGGGAGCUGCCCUGAGGUCCAGGGCUUCCUGCAGCUGCAGGAGCCCGGGCACAAGCUCUGGAAGCGCUUCCACUUCUCCCUGCGCCGCUCAGGCCUCUACUAUUCUACCAAGGGCACCUCCAAGGACCCCCGGCACCUCCAGUACUUUGCUGACCUCACCGAGUCCAACAUCUACUACGUGAUGCAGGGCAAGAAGCUCUAUGGGACACCCACUGAAUUUGGGUUCUGCAUCAAGCCCUCCAAGGCACAGAGUGGCACAAAGGGCCUGAAGCUGCUCUGUAGUGAGGAUGAGCAGAGCCUGAGCUGCUGGAUGGCGGCAUUUCGCCUCUUCAAGUAUGGAAUGCAGCUCUACCGCAACUACCAGCAAACACAAGCGUGGUUGAACCAGCCCCCCUGGAUCGGCCCCAUCCCCCUGCGAAGCAUCUUUGACAACACGCUGGUGGCCAUGGACUUCUCAGGGUGCAUGGGACGGGUGAUUGAGAACCCCAGCGAGGUGCUGAGUGUGGCGCUGGAGGAGGCACAGGCCUGGAAGAAGAAGCCAACACACCGGUACAGCUUGCCAGCCGCCUGCCACAGCUCCCUGCUCAGCACUGACAUCCAUUGCACUCAGCCCUGGUUCCACGGGUGCAUCUCCCGGGAGGAGACACAGCAGCUCAUCGGCCGUCAGGGCCUGGUGGAUGGAGUCUUCCUGGUGCGAGAGAGUCAGCGCAACCCCAAAGGCUUCGUCCUGUCCCUGUGCCAUCUGCAGAGAGUCAAACACUAUCUCAUCUUGCCCAGUGAGGAGGAGGGUCACCUCUACUUCACCAUGGACGAUGGGCAAACUCGCUUCGCUGACCUCAUCCAGCUCGUGGAGUUCCACCAGAUCAACCGUGGCAUCUUGCCCUGCAAGCUGCGACACUACUGCACCUGCGUGGCACUCUGA